AUGACUGCGCAGUGCAGUGACACAUCGGCUACUCCGGGAGUGGCCGUGGAGGAAGGAAUGGAGUCUGUGGCUGGCCAGGAGCUAUUGACUAGCGAUCCUGAUGAGCUCAGACAAUUGGCGAGGAUCGCUCGGGAAAAGGGUGAUAUCGAUCGGGCAUGUAACUUGCUUGGUGACGCUUGUGAGAUCACUUGCAGGAGGGAAGGAACGGAUACGUGCAAAGCUAUGGCGGCGGUGCUUUUCGAUUUCGGGGAUUGUUUGUUGGCGAAAGAGGAAGAAUCUGUGGAUCUCUUGAACGCCGAUGUUGGAGAGAAUAGUGGCAAUAUUGAUAACGCGUUGGAAGGGUCGUCAUCAAAGAGUGCAAUGGAUCGGCUGCAGGAGGCAGUUGAUAUGGUGAAAGCAACGAGGGAGAAGGAGCUGGCUGGAGAUAAGGGAGCCGAAGACGAGUAUGCCGAGUCUGAAGUGGACGACCUUCAGUUGGCGUGGGAGAAUCUCGAGCAGUGUCGUAAGUGCCUGCAGCUUUUUUCGGAGGAGGAGAUGCCGUGGGAUCUGGCCAGGCGGUGUCACAGUCGACUUGGUGACUUUUUGCAGCUGCAAGAGCGAUACCCUCAAGCCUGCGAGGAGUUUGAAAAGGCUUUGCAAAUCUGUGAGAAAUGCCACCCAGCUGCGUCUGAAGCGCGGAAGAAAGCCGCGAUAAUGUUGGGGUUGGGUGAAUGCCAACGACAUGCGGAUAAGGAGAAGGGAAAGGAGACUUUAUUAGAAGCUAAAGCGUUGCUGGAAAAUCGUGCACAGGGAGAUGACGAGGCUGAUGAUGUCCUCGCCGCUAUCAAUGAAGCAUUAGAGGAUAGUCGCGAGGGGGAGAGGAAUGAUCAAGUGAAGGUCAUCCAGCAGAUGAUGUCUUCCGCGCCGGUGACGUCUGGCGGAACGGCAUGCUCUCUGGAAGUUUCCACCUCCGCCAAGUUCGACAAAGCGACGCUUGGAUCUUCUUACAAGGUUAUUGAUUUUGGCGUUCUGAAGUCCAAAAAGCGUCGACGGUCGGAAUCUGAACACGGUCCCGAGUGA